AUGUCUGACCACAGCAACAGCACUGGCAGCACUGGCUCCUCCACUAACAGCUGGACCCUCCUCUCCCCCGAGGAAGCAGCAGUGGAGAGCGUGGGACCAGUGGAUGACGGCACGGAGAGUUUAGGAGAUGUCCCCAGUCUGUCGGAGGAGCUGGCAGGAGCCGCCGCAGAGUUCAAACACAUUGACAUUCCAAUCGAGACGGUGCUGUCUGAAGAGGGCCAUCAGAUCUGUCAGGAGACCGACCCAGAACCAAGCGAGGGUCCCAUCCCGUUGAGCCCGUCCCGCAUCAGCCCCCUCCCCAGUCACUCCUUCGACCCUCCAGAGGAAGACCCCGAGAGCCAGCCCCCGGUGAUCCACGACAUCGUAGCCACGUCCCCCUCUGACAACGACAACCUCAGCGCUGUGCCGUUUGUCACUCAUUUGGAUUCGGGGGCGUCCCUGGAGGUCGCGGGCCCCGAUCUGCUCCAGGACGACCCGGAGGUGAGCUGUGCCGCGGAUAACCCGGGCUCAGCGGGGCCAGCGUCAGACAAACCGGCUGACAUCGGGCCAAUCAGCGAGACCCAGGAAGAGGAUAGUCCGACAAGUCCCGCAGAGGGAGAAGAGACAAAACCCUGCGUCCCGUUGGAGACCGUUACGGCGGCUGAAGGCACUGAACCCUCGCUGACCAUCGCACACGACCACAGUCCGGCCGAGCAGAGCGGAGAGGAGCCGGAGAGUCCCGCUGACGUGGAGCCGGAAGACCCUGAAACCCCAGCACCGGUCGAAGAGAGUGGGGACUCAAAUGUAGAAAAAGAAGCGACGGAGGAGGAGCCAGAGCCACUAACUCCAGACGAGGAGCACGGACUCGAUGUAGAGCCACCCUCCCCUGCCGACUCCGGAGACACAGAUGGCUUCGACGAUGGGUUGAGGAGGAGACAUUUGUCCAGAGCCAGGACCUCUGAUGACGAGGAGGAUGAGGAGGAAGAGCUAGAGUUCAAAAUAGAAGAGAAGAAAGAGGCGAAGCCGUGGCUCUCUGUGAACAAGUGCAUCGUGGCCGGGCUGGUCCUGCUCUUCCUGGGAUCCCUGUUCCUCUCAGGUGACAUCGACGGCGGCGACGUGACGGAGGCCGAACAAAGCCAGGAAUGGGUCAGUGGAGAUCCAAAGGAAAUGAAGGAGUUAUUGGACAAACUCACACAAGAAAACCAGCAGAUAUCUCAGCUCGAGGCUCAGCUAAAGGAUCAGAAAGCGGAGCUGGACGUGGCGCUGAAGGCGGUGGCGGUGAGCGGGGACGAGCUGAAGAAGGCCGAUCUGGAGACGGAAAAUGCAAAGUUAAAAGCCGAGCUGCAGCUGCUGCCCGACCUGCGGAAAGAACUGGACACUCUGAGGUCGCGAGUGACGGAGCUCGGUCUGCUCUCGGGUCCUCAGGCCAUGGCUCCUUCUGCUCCUUCUGCUCAGUCUGCUCCUUCUGCUCCUGCCUCUGAGCCCGGCGUGAGCGAUGGUCCCACAAACAUGAAGCCUGAGAGGAAGAGCGCCUCACAUGAAGCUCACGUCAAGGAGGAACUAAAAAGACAAAAGAAACUCCUGGAGGAAAGCAGGAAGCGACUGGAGACAAUGAAGAAUCAAGAUGAAGGCGACCGCAAAGACGUUCGCGACCGUUUGGCGGAGAUUCAAAAGAAGCUCUCGGAAAAGGUGGACAGAUGGGGCAGAAAGAAGCCAGAGUCCAAGUGGAAAGUCGAAAAAGACAAAGAGCAAUGGAAGGACGAGAAGAGAGGAGCGGAUAAAAAACCAAAACACAAAAAGGAUGAAAGUUGGAAGGAGAAGGAGGUGAAAUCCAAAUACAACUCUCACAAAGAGGCUUGGAGGAAGAACCAGGACGAGUGGGAGCGGAAGAAGAGCGAGCGGCGGACGGACCGAGAGGAGAGGCGGAAGGAGAAACCCUGGCACGAGAAAGUCUCCAAGAAAAGCCACGCCGGCUCCCACCACGGCCACAAGCAGCAGCAGCAGCAGCCACCGCUGCAGCCGCACCAGCAGGACUUCUGGAAGCACCAAGAGCAGAAGCUGAACCGCAACAUCCGCCCCCAGGUCGGCUGCGGCAGCGUGGAGGCCUGCGCCGCCAAAGAGGGGCUGUAUCCGGUGGAGUUCCCUGAGUUCGAGGAGCUGCUAGAGGGCUACCUGAGCAAGCUGGACGACUCCCCCUCCUCCUCCACCUCCAGCGGCAAAGACACCAUUCGGAAGCUGACGGCGCAGUUUUUCGAGAACGGCGUCUUCAUCCACGACCGGAUGCGCUUCGCCGACUUCGCAGAGGACGUGGCGGACAUUUUGGAGGACGCCGUGGACGUUCUGGAUGGGGGCAAGGACAACGAUCCGCUGGAGGAGGAGAUGGAGGAGUUCGAGAGAGAAGCGCUCUGGAAGUUCGCAGCAAACGCCUAA